AUGAACAGAUAAGAUCCUGAUCCUCUCCAGAAUACUCUCAUUGAUAUUCACAGAAUAUUUUUACUAGUCUCAGGUCUUGGUAACACAUUCGUUAGAGUUAUUGGGGAUCCAUACUUGAGAAGAAAAGUAAUAAAAAUGCUAAGAUGCAAAAAAAGGAAAACUUUUGAAACUCCUGCCAUUACAGAAAGCAUAAUAAUGGAAACUGAGGGAUCUUUAAUGUUGAAAAAUUAUGAGAAUGAGACAGUUAACCUAUUAUACUAAAAUCUUCCCUAUCAGCCAAACAAAGAUAACAGAGUGCUCACCGAGGAUUUGAAUAUGAAUAUUAAUAAUACUACUCUAGAUCAAUUUUCUCGAAAUAACCUUUCCCAUUAAAACAGUGCUAUCUUAAAAACUAGUAUGAUUGAAAGGAAAUAAAGCAGCAUGAAAAAAGAGAGAGACUCUACCAUGGAUCUUAAAAAUCUAUAUGGCUCAAUCUGCUAUCAUUUUAGCAUGAUCAGGAAUAAAUCCGGAUUGUAUGUCAAGAACCAUGUUCAAUAAAAGAUCAUGAUUUAUAUUACAAUUAAUAAGAGAGCAAAAGACACCUUCGUUCAUUUCUAGCACUUGAGUAUUCGAAAUUUGUCAUUGCAUUAAAAACUUGACGGCUCUAUUUAAACACCAUCCAGUGCCUAAUUCUAGAUAAAAAAUCAAGAAUUUAGAUUUGAAGAGUAUAGAUAUAAAGAUUUCAAACUUAUUCGGAGAGAAUCUGGCAUUUUAGAUCAAGAUUUAGAGGAUAGCUUCAAUUCAAUUAGAAAUGAAGAUAUAUUUAAGAAGGAACUUAACAAAAAAUAAGCUGGCAGAAGUGGAAAGCAAAUCAUAUUCACCUAUGACAGAAAAUUUAUCAUUAAAGAAAUUGAUUCGGAAGAAAAAGGAUAUCUGAUUAGAAUUGCUCAAUAGUAUGCAGAGUAUAUUAAAGAAAACAGAGAUUCCUUAUUAGCUAGGAUAUAUGGACUCUUUUCUUUAAAGAUUGAGAACCAAAGCAAAGUAUAUUUCAUUAUUAUGCAUAACUUGGAUAUUUACCCAAAGGAUAGUGUGAUAUUUAAAUAUGAUUUGAAAUUUUCAGAGUUUAAUCGUCGUCAUCUCGACUUUAACGAACUAGAUUACUAUCGUACUAAACUAAUUAAAAUUGAUGAUAACUUUCAAGACUUGAUUGAGAAGUCUUGCAGUUAAGAUAACACAGAAGAGGAUGAGAAAGUUGAAUUUUAAAAUUCCUAACAAUUUGCUGUAUCUCCUCCACUUGAAAAUAUGAAGGUACGUAAAGGUUAAACAAAAGAAUUUCCUAAAUCUAAUACAAAGAAAUCUUUUGGCAAAGGCUUGAUGCAGAAUAGCUUCUCAUAGAAUAGGAUUAAAUUAGAGUCUUACGAUCUAUCUAAUACAAUGCUAUCGCCACAAGAUUCCAACAACUUAGGUGGUCAUUAAUUGAGCUAUAAUUUUGGAUCUACUCUGGAAGAGAAGAAGAUGUUCAGUAACAUGGCAACUCUUAUAAAAAAGGAAAAGAAAAAUGAUGCGUAUAUGUACAAGUAACUUCAACUAUUGAAAGAUAUUGAUUAUAAGAAUUUUCACGGCUAGAUCUAAAUACAUUAAUCCAGUCAUAAUACUUACUAAGACUUUAUAGUAUAAGUUCUCCAAGACACUUAAUUUCUGAGCCAGUAGUUUAUUAUGGACUACUCAUUGCUGCUGAUGAUCCUUAAAGUUGAAAAGAUUGAAACUUAAAAGAUUCUAAAUGAAUAAAGGCACAAUCCAUUUGUCUUUUAUACAAGAAACAAGAAGUUCGCAAUAGUAGUUGGGAUUAUUGAUUAUCUUUAAGUCUUCGGGAUAGGUAAAAAUAUUCAAGAAAAAGCUUAGAAAUUUUGGAGUGCAUUGAAAAAUAAAUAAAAGAAGGAAAUUUCUUGUGUGGAACCUUUGACAUAUUUUAACAGAUUCAACAGUGGCAUCUCUAAAUUAUUUAUCAAUACAAUAAUAGACGAGGCCGAUGAGAAUGAUGAAUGUGAAAGUAAUUGA